AUGUCGAACCCCAUGGAGGACCGCCGGGGUUCUGUGGACUCCCGUGUCCUGCGUUUACAUCGCACCGAAACUCGAGCAACUCUCAGCGAAAAAGGCGUGCCCGCAACCCCUCCUCCUUUAGACUUCAACUACCCCGAAGCUGGUCGCGAUGACUAUCCUAUCUUCCCCGAGGAAUAUACUCUCGAGACCGACACAGGCCUUGUGCCGGAACGCACGCUCACGGAGAUCCGCAGCCGCGUGCCCACGCGCCGUCCGUCUGAUAUAGAAAAGAUCCCGGAGGAUGCCGAGUUUGUCACCUUCACCACCAACGACCCCGGAAACCCGCUCAACUGGUCGAGAUUGUACCGAUGGUACGUAACGAUGGUAGCAUCGGGCCUGGUGGUCUGCGUCGCAUACGGCUCUUCUAUCGUCACCGGCGGCCUUGGUCUCAUUGAGGACAAAUACGGCGUGUCUGAAGAAGUGGCCAUCCUGACUUGCUCCAUUAUGGUCUGCGGCUUCGCCGUGGGACCGCUACUCUGGUCCCCUCUCUCUGAAAUCAUCGGCCGCCAACCCGUCUAUAUCAUCUCGCUCGGCCUGUACGUCAUCUUCAACAUCCCCUGCGCGCUCGCGCCCAACAUAGGUGGUCUCCUAGUCUGCCGCUUCCUCUGCGGCGUCUUCUCCAGCUCCGGCCUCUCCCUCGCCGGCGGCACCAUCGCCGACGUCUGGAGCAUCCAAGACCGCGGUAUGGCCAUCGCGUACUUCGCCGCCGCCCCUUACUGCGGGCCUGUCGUCGGCCCCAUCGUCUGCGGCUGGAUCAACAUUGGCUCAGGCCGUCUCGACCUCUUCUUCUGGGUCAACAUGGCCUUCGCGGGCGUGGUCCUCAUCCUCGUAGGCGCCAUCCCGGAGACCUACGCCCCCGUCAUCCUCAAACGGCGCGCAGCACGCAUGCGCAAAGAAACCGGCGACCCGAACAUCAUUACGGAGCAAGAAACCCAGAAACUCACCUUCCGCGACAUCGUCCGCACCAGCCUCAUCCGCCCCAUCACCAUGAUCCUCACGGAGCCCGUCCUCGACCUCAUGUGCAUGUACAUCAUGCUCAUUUACGCCCUCCUCUACGCCUUCUUCUUCGCCUACCCCGUCAUCUUCGGCGAGCUCCACAACUACAACGACGGCCUCAUCGGACUAAUGUUCAUCCCCAUUCUCAUCGGCGCAGCCUUCGCCCUCCUCGUCACCCCGCUCAUCGAGCGCCAAUUCCGCACCAUCUGCGCUCGCCGCGACCCCACCCCCGAAGAUCGCCUUAUCGGCGCCCUUGUCGGCGCCCCUUUCAUUCCCAUCGCCCUGUUCAUCCUCGGCGCCACCUCCUUCAAGCAUAUCAUUUGGGUGGGACCUUCCUCCUCCGGUAUCGCCUUCGGCUUCGGCAUGGUGCUUUGUUAUUACGGCGUUAAUAACUACAUCAUCGACGCUUACCACAAAUACGCGGCGUCUGCUCUCGCGGCCAAGGUCUUUCUCCGCUCGGGUGGCGGCGCCGCUUUCCCGCUCUUUACUACUCAGAUGUAUAAGAAGCUGGGGCUGCAGUGGGCCUCGUGGCUGCUGGCGUUUAUUUCUCUGGCCAUGGUGCUGAUUCCGUUUGUGUUUUAUAUUUACGGGAAGCGCUUGCGGCAGAGGUUCACCAAACAAUAA